CCCAACUGUUGACAUUUAACAGCUGUCAGAGUCAAGUCCUGUCUGUUUUUGUAACAUAAGUUCAGUGCGUUUUAUCUAUGAUUUAGUUCUUAUCAAAGUUAAAUACAGUGAGAGAUUCUAUUCAAAAUUGAAAUGCGUUCGUGUGAACUGAAACACGUCGUCAUCGGCAAAAAUCCUCUCACAUUGUGACACUUUCCUAAGAUGUUUAGUUUCUCAACCCAACACCAUGUUCAUUAAACCCCAAGAAGUCCUCCUAGCCAGCCCCUUUUGGGAAACGGAAGAAACGUCAAUAUAUUUUCUAUUGCAACAUCGAAAGGGACAUGGCAAUUCCAAGGGGCUGUCGUCACUUCUUGUGGGCACUAUCGAUAGUAUUUUUGACACUAAACCGGCACCCUACAGGAUUUUGCACCAAACACCGUCGUCCGAAGUCUAUUAUUUAAUUGCAUGUUCUAUGACGAGACAAGAAAUCCUAAAAGACUGGGAUUGGCUCUUUAACAAUGUUUCAGCUACUUUGCACUGCUUUGAUACUGAGGAUGAGAUCACCGACUUCGUUACGUGCAAAAUUGAGUCGGUUAUAGCCACAAGACAAGAAGUUGAUGUUGAGGAUGAGGACUCAAAAUCGUUCAAAGUCACAUCCGACAAAUUUAUUCGGCUUUUCGGUCUCUCGAAAGACGAAAAACUUGUCAACUACUAUUCCUGUUGCUACUGGAAGGGCAAACUGCCGCGCCAAGGAUGGAUGUAUUUGUCUGUACACUAUUGUUGCUUCUAUGCUUUCAUCUUAGGUCUAGACACUAAAGUUUGUAUAAGAUGGUCAGACGUGAUCGAAUUGAGCAAAAAAAAUAGUAUCGUUUUUCCCGAUUCUAUCAAAAUCGCAACGAGGGAAAAAGAAUAUCACUUCAGUAUGUUUCUCACCAAAAAUGAGACUUUCAAACUGAUGGAACAGUUGGUCGAUCUGGCCAUGAAGAGAUUAAUCGACGACAAGAGGAGCUUUAGCGAAGAUAAAGAGCUCUUACACAAGCUAAGCAAAAACGUUCCGAAAAAAGCAUCAUUUCUGAAGCGCGACCUCGACGCCCGCGCCCAAUCCGACGCUUACAAGCUGAUGUUCCGCCUGCCAUCUAGCGAGAAGCUCGACGGUUCAAUCGAUUGCACCUUAAUGACGCCUUACAACAAGAAACACGUCGCUGGCCGCUUAUUCCUCUCCCAAAACUACAUUUGUUUCGAAAGUAGGGUGAAAUCCCAAGUCAGUCUCGUCAUCCCGUUACGCGACGUGAAACUAGCCGAAAAAAUCGAAAACAACGCUUCGAGCCAAUCGCUCGACAAAGCCAUCAUUAUCACCUCCCGAAACGAAUUAAACAAAACCAAUUUCAUCUUCGCACAAAUUCUAGACCGGGAUUUCCUGGUUGAGAAAAUCUCCGAAUUGCUGGCUAAGACGAACACGCCGAGUAGUUCCGAUUCGAUGAGUACGAACAGUGGGAGUUCGGGCGAUGCGCCGCCUAUCGGUCGCGAGGUGACACCGUGGAAGUGCCAGCCGGCCUUAAUGACGGUGUUUCCCCUAAGCCCGAUACCCGAAGUGCACAAGAAGCAACAAGUGAAGGCGAAGGACUGGGAGCUGCAUUUUAAUACUUACGGUCGGGGGGUUUCCAUGUAUCGGACCACGGAAGUUGCGAAGUUGGUGCUUCAGGGAAUCCCCGAUUAUUUGCGGAUGGAUAUAUGGAUGUCGUUUUCGGGGGCGGCCAAUGAGAAGUUGAGCCAUCCGGGGUAUUAUCGCUCGUUGGUCGACAAAGCGCUGCUUCAGAGGUCGACAGCCAACGAUGAGAUUGAGAGGGACCUCCACCGGUCGCUCCCCGAACACCCGGCGUUCCAAAACCAGAUCGGAAUCGAUGCUUUGAGGCGGGUUUUGUGUGCCUAUGCCCUGCAUAACCCGAGCAUUGGCUACUGCCAGGCUAUGAAUAUCGUGGCGUCCGUCCUUUUGAUUUAUUGCUCAGAGGAAGAGGCUUUUUGGUUGCUUGCCACUCUGUGCGAGAACCUGCUCCCCGAUUAUUACAACACUAGGGUUGUGGGGGCGGUCGUGGACCAGGGAAUUCUCGACGACUUAACCGCCGAACAUUUGCCGAGUCUCCACGACAAGUUGAACCAAUUAGGAAUGACGAAUAUGAUUUCGUUGUCGUGGUUUUUAACGAUUUAUUUGUGCGUCAUGCCUUACGAAAGUGCAGUUAAUGUGAUGGAUUGCUUUUUUUACGACGGUGCUAAAGUUAUUUUUCAAGUGGCGUUGAUGUUGUUGGAGUGGAAUCAGGAGAAAUUGCUGGCGUGCAGGGACGAAGGGGAGGCCAUGCAACUACUGGCUGAUUAUCUCAUGGGGGUGUUCAAUGAUGAGGGACGCGGUGCUAUUAGGAAUAAGAAUUACGAUGAGCAAAAAAGGAGCAUUUCAGUGCAGACCCUAAUCUACGAAGCCUACGUCAAGUACGGCUUUCUGACGACGGGUCAGAUCGAGCGUUUGCGCCUCAAACACCGUCUGCGAGUCGUCCAAGACCUGGAAGACACGUCCGAGCGCAACGUCCUACGUUGUGUGAUAGGAGACGGCUAUUUCGGCCAACAAGAGCUCCAAGAGUUGCUAAGUCUAGUCCGUGAGGAGAUUCUAAGUCAGAAGAAACACAUUCCGGAACGCCAUGACCCGUCUUUGCAGCCGUACGAGGCGUACAAAGUCGAUUUCGACUACUUUAAAAUUUUAUUUGCGGCGCUUUCGCCCUGGGGCAAGGGCGAGAACACGGAGUCUUUGGCUGCGAGGAUUUUUUCGUUGUUGGACGCAAAUCGUGAUGGUUAUAUUAAUUUCCGGGAACUUGUUGCUGGAAUUGGGUUAACAGCAAGUGCAGAUCCGGCUCAAAGACUGAAAUUGCUUUACACGAUUCAUUUGCCGCCGCUUUUGUGCAUGUCGGAUAUCGAGUCGCCGACGAAGAAUGAGCACGGGGCUGAGAUUGCGUCCGAGGCCACCGAUUUUUUCGAUAGUGUGGAGCAGAGCGUCAAUUUGGAUUCGCUGAGCUUGCAUUCGGAGGAAGCGUCCACGCCUACGACCUCCUACACCUGGCAAAAAUCGUUCGAAUCUCAAUCUUCGGUGGACAACUCUUUGACGAGUAACAACGGAACGGGGGAAGUCAACUGGGAGAUUAAAAGUUUAACUAACCUGCGCAAUUUAGUCCAAUCAAAGGACAGCAAAAUCAACCUGAAAGCCGUUCCGAAAAUGACGCAACCCCACUUUAUAACACUGUGGAAAACUGUUUACGAUAUUUUCCAAACGGAACCGGAAGAUCAGGAAACGUAUCAUGCCAUAGCAAACGUGGGUACUUUACUGUUAGAAUUAGGCGACGUUGGCAAACAAUUCUUUAUUAAUCGAGACGAGUCUGAUGAUAGUCUUGUCUCGGCAGCUGCUGCUUACAAUCCGGGAAAGGCAGAAGAGUUACAGUCACCUGACAAAAAUGGGAACCCCCUAACCCCCAAAACAGAGAUUCAGUGGUACAUCACAGUGGAGCAGUUCCUAGCAUCGGUGCUAAACGCUCAACCUUUGGUUGAUUUCUUCUCAAAGCGAACGUCGAUUUCCGACGGCAUUCAACAACUGAAAGGGAGGAGAUACACAAGAUAUAACUCGCUUUAUGAAGUACCUGCGAUGAAGGUUUAAUUGUAUUUUAUUACUUUGUAUUUUUUUAAUGACAUUUUACUUCAUUUUUAUAGUCUUGUACAGCUUAUCAAUGUAAAUAUUUACCUACAGGUCUUAUUAUUUUGUAUUUUACUGUAACCUAGUGCAAUGUUUCAUCAAAUUGUUACGUAAAAAUAUACUUUACUAGAAACGU